GGGGGAGCUGAGCGCUGAGACCAAGGGCUAAAGCAGAGAGGUGAGUCAGUCACCUUGAGCAGGGAGAGCGCUGUGGGCCAAGCAGAGGCCGUAGGGCAGUGGGAGUGCAGACUGAAAAAAUGCAGACCACCGGGGCACUGCUCAUUUCUCCGGCUCUGAUCCGCUGUAGUAGGGGUCUGAUCAGGCCUGUGUCUGCCUCCUUCCUGAGUAGACUAGAGGACUCAUCUAAACAGACUUCCUACAGCAGCAGCUCCCCACUCCAGGUGGCCAGACGGGAGUUCCAGACCAGUGUUGUCGCCCGGGACAUUGACACAGCAGCCAAGUUCAUUGGUGCUGGGGCUGCCACAGUUGGUGUAGCCGGAUCAGGGGCUGGCAUUGGAACUGUGUUUGGCAGCUUGAUCAUUGGCUAUGCCAGGAACCCGUCUCUCAAGCAACAGCUCUUCUCCUAUGCCAUUCUGGGCUUUGCCCUGUCUGAAGCCAUGGGGCUCUUCUGUUUGAUGGUCGCCUUCCUCAUCCUCUUCGCCAUGUGAGGCUCCGUGGGGGUCACCCACAGGUCCCUGCUGCUUUGACUCCACUGGUACUGGAGUGUGCUGAGCUGUACCAUUAAACGAUGUUUCUCUAAACCCA